AUGAACACAAAGUACAGUUUCGGAAAUAUAAACAUCGAUUGUCAUGUAUCAAUUGAAAACGAAAAUUUGGUUAACACUCAGAAUCAAAGUGCAAAUAUAUCGAAAUAUGUAGCAUUUGAGAAUAACAUAUUUAGUGAACCUAAUAUAAAGAAUAAUAAGAUGAACUGCAAUGAUAAAAACGCUGAAAUGUAUAACAAUACUUGUAAUAUAUUACAUAACAAAAGCGUUCAAAAUGAAUUGAACGCACAAAAUGAGUUGAACACACAGAAUGUGAAUCAUAUGAAUAAUGCAACUAGAGAGUUUUAUUAUAACCAAUUGAAUAACAAAAGGCAGGGAAUCCAGAACAAACGGCUAGAUGUACAUUUACCAAAAAGUGUGAACUAUGAAAACAGUAAUAUGAAGAAAUUUGAAACUGAUAUAGAUUUUACAAAAUGUACAAUGUAUAAGGAUAUGUAUAUUGGUCAGUGUAAUAAAAAAAAAAAUGCUAGAAUUAUGAAUAUCGCAACAUAUAAUAACUAUACAAAUUUUAAUGAUAAUAUAGUAAGCAGUAGUGGAAUAUCUAAUUUUAUAAAAAAUUCAACCGACAAGGAACCAAUGAAUGGAAGUAAACACCAGAACAUUUCUGCAGAGGACAAUCACAAUUACUGCACGAGGGAGAAGGAGGGUAAUAAUCAUUUUUCUUUUUAUAACGUUAAAAAGAAUUAUAGCAAUGAAGAGAUUUAUAGUACGCAUCUUCCUAAUGAAAAUAUAAAUAAAAUAUUGGAAAAUACAUCGAAUCAUACAUUGGGCAUAAAUUUUAAUGGUAGCAAUAGAACGGAAAAUAAAAUGAUUGAAAUGAGAAAUACAUACUGUAAUAAAGAAAGUGUUGCUUCAGAUGAAUUUAAUUUUUCACAUUUUUGCAAAAGCAAAUCUAAUAUUGAAACAACGUAUAAAAAUGGAAGAAUUAAGCAAAUCCGUGGACCUGACACACAUGAAAAUAGAUCGAAUAAUAACUACCUAGUAGAAACAGCUGAUUACAAAAUUAAUGAAAAUAUUAUUCAUAAUAUGGAUGUGUUACCUAGUGAGAAAGGGCAAAUUUUAGAGAAGAAAUUUUGUACAAUUUUAAAUUGUCAUAAUGAGAUAGACAAUUGUACUGCAAAGUGUGGAUAUAACGAAAUGAAUAGUUUAUUACAGAAUAAUAUUAUUUAUAAUAACAUAAUAAAUAACAACAUAAUUAACAAUAACAUAAUUAAUAACAACAUAAUUAAUAACAAUAUAACUAAUAAUAGCAUAACUAAUAAUAGCAUAACUAAUAAUAGCAUAACUACUAAUAGCAUAACUAAUAAUAGCAUAACUAAUAAUAGCAUAACUAAUAAUAGCAUAACUAAUAAUAGCAUAACUAAUAAUAGCAUAACUAAUAAUAGCAUAACUAAUAAUAGUAUAACUUAUAAUAGCAUAACUAAUAAUCAUUUUAUCCAAUGUUUCAAUAAACAAAUAAAUAAAAAUCUUAAUUCAAAUAUCCUAAAUCAGUGUAUAUCUAACGUUAACAAAGGGAUAAUUUACCCUGAGGAGUAUAAGAAAAAUAUUCCUUACUAUAUUGAUAAUUGUCGGGCGGAUUAUCUCAUGAAUAACAAUGUGGAAAGGAGAAAACAUAUCAGUUCUGAGAAUGACAGGGGAGAAUUACACAGUAGUAACAUCUGCAGGAUAAUAAAUAAAGGAAUUAAUGAAAACUUAUCAACAAAUGAAGAAUUUUCUGUAGUUUCUAACAUUAGAAGAAGUAUGAGUAAAGAGUUUGAUGAAAGAAACUUGAACUACAGGAAUAAACUAUCAUUUUUAGAAUGUUUCGAGAACGUAAAAAAUUACUUAAAUACUGAGAAUUGUGAAAAGUUUUUAAUCAAUAAAUUGAACCUAUCGAAUGAAGAACAUGCAUCAGAUAUUAACAAUAGCAGCUGUAUGGUCAUACCAUUCCACCGUAAUUGUAUUAAUAACAACUUGGUGCAUACAUCUUCCCAUUGCUUUAUCAAUUCUGAGAAUAUGUAUAUAGAUUCAAAAAAACAAAUUGCAAAAAAAAAAGGAAAUAAUGAGAUUAAAAAUAGGGAUACUCCUUUCUUGAAAUCGUCUGAAGUAUCCAAUUCAGAGAAAUUAUCUAAUCUGUAUAAAUUGAAUUGUGAUAAUGUAGAUGAUAGUAGGAAAAUAACAAGUUCCACUAAAUUGGAUAUGCAAAAUGGUGUUUGUGUGCUUACAAAUAGAAAUACAAUUAAUAAUGAAGAACAAAAUGAAAAUGAAAUUGUGAAACAAAGCAUAAAUCGGAAUCAUCGUAACUUUAACCCUGAUAACAAUCAGGGUAUGCCGAAUUUAAUUUCUAAUAUAAACGAUAAAAAGGAAAAUCAUAUGUUGUGCAGUUAUAUAGAACCCGUGUCUGUUAACCAAGUGGGUAAUAAUGAGAAAGCAAAGAAAUCAUGUAAUUCAGCCAAUAAUACAAGCAGAAUUACACAAGUAGAUGAAUAUAGAAGAAGAAUUCCUCACCCCUUAAAUAAUAUUCACAUUGAUCAUGUGAAUAAGUGUAAUGAACAAAUAAAUCACAAAUUCAAUUUAGGAAAUGUGUAUAGAGAAGAACAUGUGAAUAAUAACAAUGGUAGGGGGGAAAAUAAUACAAUUAAGGAGUGCAAAAAAAAAAAAAAAAACAUUAUUCAAUCGAAUUAUGUAAGUCACUAUGGAGCUAGUAAAGGUAAAAAUAACGUUAAUAUUAACCAAUGGAAUGAAGUUAUUAGUAUGAAUAAUAAUUAUAUUAUAAUGAGCAAUUCAUGUGAAAAUAAUGGAUCAAGUUGUUACAAAGAAGAAGUUCAUGAGAAAAUAUGCAAGACACAUGAAGUGAAUUCGAAUGAAGAGAUGCAGACAUUGAGAAAAUUAACAAGUACGAAUCUGUCCAAUAUGAACAUGUUUACUAAAUAUCCCAUGAAGGAAGAAGCAGGAAACAUUAAAAAGGAGAUUUGUCAUCAAAAGGUUAUGGAAAAAGAUGUAAGUAGCGACAACUCAGAGUUAAUAUGCAGUCAUGGUGCAAGCGCAGAAGAUGCUACAACAUAUUCGAAUAUCCAAAUGAACAAUAAUCUGUGGAAAUGUAGGAUCGGAAAUAAUGAACAAAUAGUGAAAAAUGAAGAAUUGACUAUUUUGAAGAAUAUACCUAAGUUGAGGAUGGUAUGGGAAACUAAGGGAAGUUUCACGUUUGAUACAGUUAGUAAUAAUAAUUGUAAAAAAUGUAAAACAUAUGAAAUAUGUGGCUCGUUUUAUAAACCACAUGAAAUGCACGACGAAGUGGGAUUUUGCACAUUUUAUUUCCCAGAAAAAUUGCCUGAACGACCCUUAAUCAAUGAAGUGGAAAAAAAAAAAGAAGGAAUUUUCGAAAAGAAAAAAUUUUUAAAGGUAGAUAAAUCAAAUAACCGGAUUAACAAAACAAUGGGCAACAUUAGCAUAGUUAUGAAAAAUGAGUCAUCAAAUUUGAGUGCAGUAAGUGAAAUGGAAAAUAAAGAAAAAAAAAAAAAAAAUUCUACAUACCCAUUGUGCAGAACAGUAUCACUUGAAGGGAGUCACAAUAAUAGAAAAAAAAUUCAUCAGAAAAUUAUUGGCAACAAUUAUUUUUGUAUCGUAGGUGAGGAAAAAACAAAUCACGACAAUUUUGUUGACCAUUUUAAAAACUUACAAGAAAAAAAAAUUCAUGAUCAUUGCUUCAUGCACGUGAAGAAUGGAAAUAGAAGAGAAAUAAAUGAUCGUAUGAAUGUCAUUAAUAAUAGUCACUUCAUCGAUAGUAGAAAAACUAGCAUUAUAGUUAACAGCAGUAACAGUACUUUGGGUGACCGUUGUUAUCCCCGGAAUCAGCAGGAAAUAGAGGAACGAAAGGGCUUACCUGGGGAGUUGGAUUUUAUGAAUCACAUUUCUGAUAAAGCAGAAGAAUUCAUUAGGAAAGAUGGGAGCAAAGUAUUGUCAAAUGAUUGCGAUACGUUAAAUGGCGCAUUAAACAUAGCCAUGGUGGAACAUAUAGAAAGAAAUAAAGAAUUUGAUAAUAAAGAGAAUAAAUUAAAGGAUGAUAAUGGAAGUGAAUAUUUAGUUACUGAUGAAUUGUUAAUUCAUGAAGGGGAUGCUUCACUAAGAAAGGUUAUAUUUCGUCAUGACAGCGACUCUAAUGGAAGUAAUAGAAGCAAUAAUAGUAGCGGUAAUAGUAGCGGUAAUAGAAGCAGUAAUAGUAGAAGUAAUAAUGCUCAUAAUAAUAAAAAGGAUAAUAACAACGCUGGCAUAAUUAUUGACAACACAAAUGAGGGGAAAAUGAAGAAAAAAGAAAAUAAUUUGGGUGCACCUUGUGAUCGUAGCAAUGCUGAUAAGAACAAUGGACAGAGCAUAGAUAAUAUUACCAUUUAUGAUAAUCAAAGGAUAUAUAAUAACGUAUUUAUUACACACAAUGACAUAUCAUCAACCUAUAAUAAUUCUGUUACUGCUGGUGAAGUCAACUUAAGUGAUACUCCAGGUAUUUUGCUUGAGCAGGGUGUUAAUAGGAGAAUAAGCCCUAACAACAAUGGUGAUGCAAAUUUUAACAACAAUGGUGAUGCAAAUGUUAACAGCAAUGGUGAUGCAAAUUUUAACAACAAUGGUGAUGCAAAUUUUAACAACAAUGGUGAUGCAAAUGUUAACAGCAAUGGUGAUGCAAAUUUCAACAGUAGUGGUGAUGUAAAUCUUGACAGCAGUGGUGAUGUAAAUCUUGACAGCAGUGGUAAUGCAAAUCUUAACAGCAAUUAUAACUAUACUAUUUGUAAUAAUCGCUCUGUAUGCUUUAAUUGCAGUAGGAAGGUUGCUGUUGACACUUGCUGCAAAUUAAGUGAGGAAUGUAUAUCAAGCACAUUCAACGGAAUUAAUAAUCCAAGGAAUUAUGUUUGCAGCCAUGUUCUUGGAAAUGGGAGGGAUAUUAACAAGAACAAUGAUGAUCAUAAUAUUUUUCUGCACACAAUCGAGGGGAACUUUGAAGGAAAAGUAAGUUCCUGUAAAGGAGAAUUCAGCACGGCAUCAUCCAGUUGCUCAACCCACGACAAUUAUGAAAAUAAUCACGAGGAUUUUUCGAAGAGUUACAACGUGAGCCCGUGGAGAAAUAUAAGCAAAGGGAACUAUUUCAGGAAUGCAAGCAAUUUUGACACCAUAAACGGUAUCAGCAGCGUCAGUACGGCUAGCAAUAUGAACAAUAUCAGCAGCGUCAGUACGGCUAGCAAUAUGAACAAUAUCAGCAGCGUGAGUACGGCUAGCAAUAUGAACUGUGUGAACGGGGGUAGCAACUUGAACCCCCCCUAUUUCAUUAGAAUAAGUCCCCAAACGGACAAGAUCAAUGUAGUUGAAAAACAGGCUAACGAUUAUAUUCUAUACAACUAUUCAAAGAAAACAAAUGAUGAAGAACACAUGGAGGAUGAUAAUAAGUACGAAAGUUCCAUUUUAAAUAACAAAGUGAUAGGGGAGCGUGGAAGUACAUAUCCAUUUGGUUGCCAAGAAAACGUACAGAGAAUGAGCACUUUUAAAAUAUGUAAUGCAGUGAUAAAUUGUGAAGUUGCUAAAUGUACAAACAGAACUGUUAUAAGCACUUGUCACACGAAUAAUAGAGAUUUCCCAGUUGAUAAUUUUAUAAAUAAUACCAUAAUAAAACCAUUUAACAGUGAAGGAAAAUCCAAUAAGUGCAAAAAUAAUUUACAAAUGAAUGCGCCAUCAUCCGUUUUGACUAACGUAGCUGUAAAAAAUAAUAUAGUGAACCAUACUUGUAAUGUCAAUGAACAUACAUAUGACAGAGGAAAGGGAAGAAAUAUACAAAAUAUAUUAUCUCAUUAUAAUAUCAUAAUUAAUAGUAGUUAUAAAAAUGCAAAUGAUGAUAAAGCAAUAAAUAUGUGUAAUGAUUCUUCUAAGAAUAAUUGUACGAAUAGAAGAAUGCAAAAAAAAAGAAGCAAUGGCAUCAGAAAGAAACUCCCUGAUAUUGUUGAUAAGAAUGAGGAAAUUAUUUUAAAUAAAUCUCUUAACACCGUUAUGGAUGAUGCUAAGGCUAUAAAUAUGCAAAAAAAAGUUAAACAAAGAGAGUUCAAAAAGGAAAAGGUGGAAUUUUAUGAGAAGCUGAAAUAUUUACCAAAAAUCACUGGGGUAAGUUAUGACAGAAAACAGAAUUUGUGGGUAUCUCAUUGGAGGGCAAAUUGUAAAACUCUUCAUAAAUAUUUUUCAGUCAAAAAAUACGGUUUUCAAAAUGCAAGGUUGUUAGCUAUCACUUGUCGAAAUCAAAACGUGAGGUGCACAUCCCUGGAAAGAGGAAUUAGUCAUGACGCAAGUGAGACUUUGUUUACGAAAUUGAACGAGAUGAACUGUGCAAAUGACGGGAAUAUCUCGCUUGGAAACAUUGUAAAUUCUCCAUUUCCAGCAUUGGAAAAUAUGCCCAGUGAUAAAAACCAAUCAACCAAAAAAAAGCAGAAGAGGAGAAAGAAACAAUCAUUCACAAAGUUUGUUUCUCCAUGGAACAAUGUUGAAAACGCAUGUAGAAAACAAGGAAAAGAAGGAAUUGAUAUCUUGAACAGAUAUUCACAAAAGUUUAUUGUACAAGGGGAUAUCCCACAAAAGAUUGAUGAUCCAAACAGUGCCAAUUUGAACAGUGGGUUAUUAACCCCAAAUGAAGUAGAUGUGGAAGACCAUGUCAGAGAUAUCAUUAACCCCUUGUUGAGCUAUCAAUGUGGAUCUGAUGCGCACAGCGUUGAAAGGCAUAGGUAUUUGGAAGAAAUGUUAAUGGGAAAUGAAUUCAUUUUAGAAUGUCCAGAUAAAAAUGAAUCAAGUGAGGCCAACUAUAAUAAGAGAAAAAUGCAUUUUACUAAUUUGAUGAAUAAAAAAAGAAAUGAAUCAGUGAUAAACGGAAAUAGAAAUGGAAGUAAUAGUAUACAAAAUCAUCAAAAAGAAAUGGAAACAUAUGAACACCUCAAUAUGAAUGCAAAACGUGAACAGAAUAUGAAUAGUAACUUUAUGAACAAUAAAGAAAAAAUAAAGAAUGAAAAGAUGGAUGAAGCACAUGAUACAAGAAAUAAGCUGAUAAACACAGAAUUGCAUAAUAAACUAAUAAAUAAUGAACUGUAUAACAAAUUGAUAAAUAAUCAACUAAGUAAUGAUAGAAUAAAAAACAGUAAUACCUAUUUUAAUUUAAUUAAUAGAAAUUUAUACAAAAGUAUAAUAAACAACAAGUUAAAUGCACAACUAGAAAAGAGCGAACACGUUGCUUAUAAGGAAAAUGAAAAUUCUUACUCGAAUGAACACUAUAAAAAAGGUAUUCCUUGUCAAGAAGUUUCAUUUUCAAUCAAUGAAGAAUUUUUAAAUAAUGAAUCAGCCCACUAUGAGAACAUCCACAACGUGUACUUAACAUGUGACAGUAACGGAAAUAACCACAUCAUCAAUGACACUAACAAAAAUAACAGUAACCCUACUUUUAAUAUCGACAAUUCUGUAAGAAAUAGCAGUGCCAUGGUCCCGAUUAAAUAUGCAAGUAAUAAAUUCACUGUGUGCGUAAGGAAUAGUGAACAUACACCGAAUGAUUAUAAUGUGGAUAGUAAUGACAAGAAGAAUAAUAACAGUAACACUUAUGACAACAGCACUAGCAGCAACAAUAAUAAUAGUAGCAGUAGUAAUGACUUAUCCAUUGAUAUGAAUUUGUCGGGUGCAUCGGGCCCCACUGUGCAAAGUUAUGCCGAAAUUUCAGAUAGGAAUAAUUUUCAAGAACUUUUGAAUUCACAAAGUUGUAGGGGUUCCAUGAACACGAAGUGCAAUCGGAAUUUCAAUGACGUUGAAACGAAGGAGGAAUCAUAUUUUAUUGGAAAUUGUGAAUUCACAAUAAAUAAUUUGAAUAUCGAGAGUGACAAAUAUCUAUGUAGUGAUAAUUCCAUAUUUCUUAAUAACAGCUUGGACGAUGGAAAAAAUAGUAUCGAUAGCAACAGUCAAAGUAGAGAAAUAGACAUGUGCCACACCUUGCUUAAUAACCACAAAAUGAAGGAGCCUGUAAAUCCGUAUCACAAUAUUGAAACGUUUAUUAGCAACCUUGGGAACAACAAUAAUAAGGGCCUUACGCAUGGCCAGGGAGCCGUAGCGAAUCAUAUGGCCAUUGAAAGGAAGUAUUCUUUACCCAUCAGAAAUAAUAGCAAGUAUAGCAAUAGGAAAAGCAGCAAGAACAGCAAUAAGAACAGUAAUGGGAUUAGUAAUAAUAAAAAUAAGAAGAAUGAUAGCAAGCAGCAAAACAUUAAUAGCAAUAACAUUAGUAACAGUAAUAAUAACAACAACAAGAACAACGUCAGUAACAGUAAUUAUAGCAGUACCAAUAAUAACGUUAGUAACUCUUAUCAUGAGAAUAUUAGCAAGGAUUAUCGCAACAACAUUAGUAAUGGUCAUCAUAACAGUAUUUACCAUGGUGACAUGCUUCGUAAUGGAUGUAUCAUGCUAAAGGGAAAAAGUUCGUCUAACAGUGAAAUUGCUGUCAAUGAGGCAUUCGAACAUGAACACAGUAUUAAUUUGGAAAAUGCUGAUCGGUAUGCAGGCCGAUUUGAUGAUGGCCAUAAAUACAAAAAUAGAAACAAUUCAAAUGUGGAAAGUGCAAUUGUGCAGGAAAGCUAUUUGUUAAAUGAUCAAAUUGGAAAUAUGGUUUUGGAAAGGUCGUGUUCAGCGAUUAGUCAAACAGAGGGAGAAUAUGACAAGAACGGAGAAGGGAACCAAGAGACAAACCAAUACAAUUCGUUGAACCAAAUAGAGGAGGAAAAGAAGAAACUUAUGAUAUCAAAGAUUACAACAAAAUAUAUACUGAUUGAUAUUAAGAAUAAAUGCCUGAAAAACUGUUCUAGCAAUUUUUUAAAAAAUUUUCCAGAUAUAAAAAAUGUUAUUAACAAACACAUAAAUAAAAUCUCAGAGGCAAAUUCAGCACAUACUAUGAAGCCAUAUAUCCAGCUAUUUAGUAACCUGUUGGAAAAAAGAAAAUUACUCCAUAUGCUGACUCCGGAUGCACAAGAGAUGUACAUAUAUAGCUUACAAAACAUGCCACUUUAA